AUGUCCGGUCAACCUUUUGUUUUUAGACAUACGGAGAUAUAUUUAAUACAAAUAAAAGUGUGUGGUGUUUUCAGUGGACGCUAAAUGAUUCAUCGCUGGUGUAAGAAGAGGAAAUAAAAUCGACACGAUUUUAUAGUUUUGUGAAUCAGCUGUGUGGUUGAGCUGCGGAACAUUAAAAACAUCAUAUUUAUCUAAAUACGUUGCUGAAUGCUUUGGAAACUUAUUUUUGAUAUAACAAAACAAGAAGAAGUGGCUGGAUAAUAGACUUUAAGUGACUGGUUUGUUGGAGAAACAGCAAAAGUUAUCGUGCUGCAGCCGGCCUGCUUAUAUAACAUACACAUGCUUUAUUCACGUGCUUCCGGAUUUAUUGUAAAUACGAGUUUACAACCAAUGCAGAUUUCUUCAGGCUGUAAUUGUAAUCGCUGUAAUUGUAAUCACUGCAGUGCCAGCAGAAAACCUUUAAUGCAGUGGUUUUGUUCUACACUUUCAUCAUGAUGGAGGAAAGGACGCUUUGAGAUCUUGAUUGUGGUUACUUUUUUAUAAACACAAGGUUUGUUCAUGCAGCUGUAACAAACAUUGAAACAUUGGCUUCUAUUGUUUUUACAUUUAGUGGAAAAGAUCACCAGAUGAAUGAUUAGAAACAGUGUUAGCUCAGUGAUUAAGGUACUGGAGGAGUGAUUGGAAGGUCACUGGUUCAAGUCCCACUCCUGCAAAGUUGGCAUUGAUAACUAGUGGACUAUUAUUGUGCUAUUGGACUAUUACUGGCUUUUUGUUUUAUUGUUCGCAUUGCUGCUGGUUCAAGCCCCAUCACCACCACCACCACCAAGUUCCCAUUGUUGGGCCCUUGAGCAAGGCCCUUAAUCCCCCUAAUUGCAUUGUAUUCAGAUUUAAUUGUAAGUCGUUUUGGAUAAACUGAUAAUAACAGCUUCACAACCGGUAAAAACAAACAUCUGAGGAGAAAGUGAAUAAAGCACGGCAUAAACUGGACUAUAUUAUUGUUUUUAUAUUGAGUGAAUUUUAGUACCACAGUAGUAAAUAGUAGUAUUUAUGUGCUUUAGAUUAAUGACACCGUUGUGUUCUUGUUGGAAAUUAUACUAUGCACAGACUCACACCCAGACAUCAGUGAUGAUCCACCUUCUAACCCACUUCUAACCCACCCUCAUGAUCCUGCUUCGUCCAGUGUGCCAUCACCACAUGUCUGGAAUUCUAUGCCACACUCAGUCUAUUCCCAGUUAGAUUCCCUGGAAUCUUUCAUCGACGCUGCUCCAUAUAUGUUCUAUCUCGGCCUCUUUUUUGUCAACGUCCUUAUCCUUUACUAUGCCUUUCUGAUGGAAUAUAUAGUGCUGAACGUGGGCAUUGUGUUUCUGCCCGAGGACAUGGACCAGGCGCUGGUGGAUCUGGGAGUGCUCUCUGACCCAGCCUCCAUCCCGUAUGAGACGGACACCGAGACUGACGUCUUAGAGGGCUAUCUGGAAUAGAUUCCCCAGUAUCAAUAUGCUUCGACUACUAAUUAAACUCUGUGGUUUGAGAAAGGAUUUCUUGCUGGGGACUCAGGAGAUGAACCUGAAUGCUGAUCAUGAGCUCUGCUCAGGUGGGAAGAUGCUGCUCUGGACAUCAUUUGAAGAAUAUUCUUGUAUGACAAAGUUGUCUAGGCUCAAAUGAAAUCAAGCUUCAUUGUUUGGUGGAAUUUUCCAGGGACAAGAUGGACGUAAAAUAGAAAAGUCGACACUCCAGGAUUUCAGAGAGGAUCAGACGUGAUGUCAUACCUACCAUGAUGAUAAUUCAUUACUUCUUACACUUAUGUUGAUUUAGUCUAACAUAGCUUUCUGGAAGAGGCUGGUAUGGUUUACACAGAGGAGCAGAUACUUAUUUAUAACAGACUUCAUCGCAUUCACUUCUCAGUUUGGCUUCAUUAAGCUCUAAACAUUUCACUUUGAUUUUAGCCAGGUUAUAAAGUCUGAUCUAAUUCUGCAUGAGAUGUUUUAACCUUCAGUUUUCACACAUGCAGAGUCUGUUUUAAUCUCAGACUUGUUCGAAAGCAAUUUUAUAACCUGUGUGAGCUCUUGAAUGUGAUCUGCUUCUGAGACCAGGUUUAAAAUAAUGUGAUUGCCUUAACGUGUCAGUUUCAAGUAACACACUGAAGGGGAAUGAGUGUUUUCUCAGUAUUCAGAGUGUGAGAAUGCCCUUAGAUAAGCAAUACAUCCUAAGACUGACAUGACGGUUUUUACUUUUGUGCUGCUGUUAGAGUCUUAUGAACUGUACAUGCUGUAAAUGAUGCAUUAAAUUGAAACUGAUGUAUAGCAGAUACUUAUGGUAUAUAAAUUAAUAAAUAAUA